AUGGCCGGCCGUGUGAGACACCCCAUCGACGUCAAGGCGCUCGAGAGAUACAUCGAGGAGCACGUACCGGAGAUCAAGACGCCCUUGGAGGUGAAGCAGCAGUUUGGCUACGGCCAGUCCAACCCGACCUACCAACUGACCUCGCCUUCGGGCCACCGCUACGUCCUGCGUAAGAAACCGCCGGGCAAGCUCCUCUCCAAGGCAGCGCACAAGGUCGAGCGGGAACACCGCAUCAUCGCCGCCCUGUGGUCCACCGACGUGCCCGUGCCCAGGGCGUACUGCCUCUGCGAGGACGCGUCCGUGAUCGGGACGCCCUUCUACAUCAUGUCUUUCCUGGACGGGCGCAUCAUCGAGGACCCGGCCAUGCCGGAGGCCUCGUCGGGCGGCGAACGCGCGGCGCUCUGGAGGGCCGCCGUGGAGACGCUGGCCAAGUUCCACCGCGUCGACUUCAGGGGCGUCGGCUUGGGCAACUACGGCAAGAGCGACGGGUUCUACGACAGGCAGCUCGCGACGUGGAAGACCAUCUGCACGGCCCAGGCCGCCACCGAGGACGUCGAGACUAGGAAGCCCGUCGGACAGCUGCCGCACUUUGAUGGCUUCCUGAAAUUUUUUUCGGACAAGAUGAAGCAGCCCGCCGACCGCGGCACGCUGAUCCACGGGGACUACAAGAUUGACAACAUCGUAUUUCACAAGACGGAGCCGAGAGUGAUUGGUAUUCUGGACUGGGAAAUGUCGACCGUGGGACACCCGCUCAGCGACCUGGCGAAUAUGAUGAUCCCACUCUACACGGCGACCAUGAAGGGCGAAGCAAAAUACUCCUCCUCGCCCGCAUUUCUGCCGGGCGCUACGCCGGGAUUACCGACCCCGGAGGUGCUCAUGAAGUGGUAUGCAGACACGGCGGGCUGGGAUCCUAGGCCGGACAUAAACUGGGGCAUGUCGUUCGCCAUUUUCAGGUUAAGUGCCAUCUGCCAGGGCAUCGCCGCACGAGUUGCGCAGAGGCAGGCGAGCAGCGAGCAGGCAAAGAAACACUCAGAGGCGUUGGGCCCGCUGGCCGAGUUCGCAUGGGAACUGGUAGGGACGGAGAAAGACCAGGUCAGGCCGGCAGCCAAAUUGUAAGCAUUUCAUUGUUGCUAGAUUGAGCCUGCUAGAUUGAGCCUUGGAGUCAUGAUGUGUAAUUUACGCAAGCAUCAAUAGAAAGUAGGCAGCGCACUGCUCUUGAAAAUGUUGAGCAAUAGCCUCCUCAAGGCACAU